AUGUCAAACUUAGCCGAUACUGUGGAAGGUAGCGAAGCCAAAUGCGGCAGAUUUUCCAAUAUUGCUUUAACGUCAGAUUCUGGUAUCUUACAGAAAAAUAGCACACUAAGAAACUGGUUUUUAAAACCGACAGCCGACCAAAAAGGAGGUUGUAGUGAUAGAGUCGAAAGUAGCAUCAAAGAUGUCUAUUCAAGUGACAAAAGCUCACAAAAAACUUUUGAAGAAAGGAAACUAGGAAGAAGAGUCAGAUCUUUUUUCAAACAAACAAACUCAAAUAAGGAUGGAUCCAUGUCGGAAGAUGAAGACGAUGCGUCAUUUUGGAGAAAAGCAAGCAAUAUAUGUACAAAGAGAGAAAAUUCCCAUAAUACUGGUGACAUCCAAAAAGGAAGCUUCACGAAAAAAAUCAGGAACAGUAUUUUCAAGGGUCCAAAUGAUGGGAAAGAAUACAGUAAUGAGAAGAGCUUACUAUUGCCGGUUGAAUUCUCUUCGGAUGAUGAGAAUGAAUCUCGUUUUACUGACGCUAACUCACACGUUGUACAAUCGAAAAGUCCUGAGAAAAUUUCUUCGAAAUAUCAACGUUCAACUAAAAGCGCUAAUAAUAAAGGCCUAAAAAUGGAAUAUGAAAAAAGUUUUGAAGAAUAUAGCGAUGAAAAUGAGGAUGAAUUUUCUCCCGCCACUCCUCCGGAGAACGUUCUUGAAGGUCCGUACAAAUUUGUGUUCCAGACGCCAAAUACAUUUACAUCCCAGCCCAAUAUAACAGAAGAGAAUGAUUUCCAUAAUGGCGGGAGAUAUGUGAUUGACUAUCUGAGCAAAAAGUUGGCUACUAUGAACAUUGAGAUUGAUUUUGCUUCAGGGAGGAAACCAGGUGUUUCUUCGGAGGAAGAGCUCUAUCAAUCGAGCGAAAACAUUAUAGAAAGUAUUGCAAAUGAAAUCUCAAAGUAUAAAAUGUGCACACAAGAGAAGCAAGACGAAUUGGAAAAGCUGAAAUUGGAAAAUUUGAAAAUUUCAAAGUUAAAGCACGAAAAUCUUGAACAAAAGCAGGAAAUUAACCUCUUGAAAACUAAGCUUGAAUCCAUCAAUAAGAAAAAGAAUGACCUUACUAUAGAGAUGAAAAAGUUGAAAAACAAAAGUGCGAAUAAUAAGACAAGGGAGUAUGCAUCUAUGGAUGAAAACGAAAAUGAGGAUAUUACGAAAUCUAAUACAGGUCUUGGCAUUUUGGAAUUGAAUGUCAACGAGACUUCAAAAAAAUCACAGCAAUCCGCCUUCAAACCUUCGAAAUAUCUCCCAAGAGAAACGAGAAAUAAUGAAACUAGAUUAAAACAUUUAGAAAAGAAAAUAUUUGGUCUAGAGAGAUCUCUUGAAAAAAAAAAAAAACAGAUAAGGACUAACAGCCUUAGAAUAGAUUUGAAUAGGUAUACUAUCGACCGCUUUUUGACACUACUGAAAAGCCUUAACGAGGUUUUGCAAUUCCACAAUGUUUAUGGCAAUAAUUUAAAGGAAAAUGAGGAUAAUAUCAUUAAGAUUGACACCUACUGUAGUGCGCUCAACAUAAAAACUUGUUUCGAAGACUCCUCAUUGCGCUUGCAAGAAAAUAGCUUCAAGAGACAACUGGGCCCACUGUUCGCAAAUUUCAACUUCUCGUUAGUAGACCAAUUGACAAUGAACUUCAGGUUCUAUGAAAGAUCUGCCAAUUUUCAGAAGGAAACAAUAGGCGGAUUAAGAAUGAUGCUGGAAGACAAGGAUAACUAUAUCAAAACACUGAUGCAACAUUUGAAGAAAAAGGAGGGCACAAAGUUGAUAAAAGACAGAAAGAAUGACGACCCCACCUUAAAAUCGUAA